AUGAACACCCAAACCAACCGAGUCACCAACCAAACCAACAACAAGGAUGCUGACACCAUCUCUUUCUGCAAUCUUGCGCUCCUCGGCGUACCACCAUCCAAGCACAUUGCCAAGAAGGAAACUUCCGAAAAUGCAAACGGUUUCAACAGACCAAAGAGAAUGAAACUUUGGCACCAGCCAUCGGCACGUCCAACCGUGCGUAAGGUACGGCUCAAGGGUCGCAAGAGAACGAAAACGUUUGCGAAACGAGCCAAGCUCAGAUUCUCUGGAGACGUCAAGGUUUUUGAAAUACCAUCUCGUCACGACUAUUCACCUCAGGAUAGAAGUCUUAUCUGGGGUGGUAAGAAAGAGAUUAGCAGGAAUGCGAGGCGCAAUCAUUCGGAAUUUGACGCCGAGGGAGAAGAUUGGCGAACAGUCGUCGAGGACGACGAUAUGUUCGUUGAUGCCAAGACGGGGGAGUUGAUCCACCCAUGCUGGGUUGGGGAUGACUAUUCCUCUGAUGUUGAAAAUGAUUCCUCGGACGACGAAUAG